GCAGCUUAACAGUUCGGUAAAUACGUACCUGGGAGAGCUGGAGAGUAAUACUACAUCUUUAAAAUAUACACUAUCAGGACGCGGGUUGUCACUUCCUACUCUUGGGAACAGCUCAGCGUGCGCGCUUUUUAAUUCCUAGCACGAGGCGAAAGAAAACUAAACGACAACAUUGGAUGGGACUUUUGAUUUGGCCCUGAAAAUAUUUUUUCUUCUUCUUCGUCUCCCCCCCCCCGUUAGGUAGCGGGCUAAUCCGAGAGGAUAACUAAUCCGAGUUUGCUAAACACUUCUCUUCGGCACGGCGUUGAAGAGAAGAGAAGAGAAGAGGAGGAGGAAGAGGAGUGUGCCACUCCAAAGUCCGCCGAGAUAAGGACGUUUCCUCUCGAGAAGUAAAAACCCCCUUCGGAGUUGGUUGAAGAAGGUAUUUCUCCGACGGAACGCGAACGCAACACCACGCAACAAGUCGCGUUCACUGCAGCCUGGGAGAAGAAGCGGGAGAAACUUUUGAGUCGCCCGAGUGACAGAGACGUGACGAGGCUGCUGAAGCGGUAACGCAGCCUCCUCCUCCUCUUCUUCUUGUUCUUCUCCGGGGCAUGAGGCCCCGACACAGCUCCGCGCCGAGGAAGGAAGCGACACGAUGGCAGCCUGCGGACGGAGGAACCGACCCAAGCUCCUCGUCCUGCUCCUCGGCGUCACUUUAGUGGGAUACCUGGUCUUCGUCAGACACGGCCCCGCCGACGUGGCCGACCCGACGCAUCGCCGGGGGGCCCCGCUCCCCGCGGCGGAGGAGGACGAGGAGCUGAGGAGGCCCGUCUACCAGAAGCCCCCCCCGGAUUUAAAUGCCCCGGGUGAAAUGGGGCGAGCUGUCAAACUGAGCCUGAGCGCGGAGGAGAAGCGGAAAGAGGAGGAGAGUCUCAAAACGCACCAGAUCAACAUCUACGUCAGCGACAAGGUGUCGCUGCACCGCACGCUGCCGGAGAGAUGGAACCCUCUUUGCCGAGAGCUGAAGUACGAUUACCGCUCCCUGCCGACGACCUCCGUGGUGAUCGCCUUCUACAACGAGGCCUGGUCCACGCUGCUGAGGACGGUCCACAGCGUGCUGGAGACGUCGCCCGACGUCCUGCUGAAGGAGGUGGUGCUGGUGGACGACUACAGCGAGAGAGCUUACCUGAAGGAGCCCCUGGAAAAGUACAUCGCAGGUUUGAGGAAGGUGCGUCUGAUCCGGGCCACCAAGAGGGAGGGGCUGGUGCGGGCCCGGUUGCUCGGGGCGUCCAUCACCACGGGGGACGUGCUGACCUUCCUCGAUUGCCACUGCGAGUGUCACGAGGGCUGGCUAGAGCCCCUGCUCCACAGGAUCAAAGAGGAGCCGUCGGCGGUGGUGUGUCCCGUCAUUGACGUGAUUGACUGGAACACCUUCCAGUACUUGGGCAACGCUGGUGAACCUCAAAUCGGGGGGUUCGAUUGGCGUUUGGUCUUCACCUGGCACACUGUCCCGGAUUAUGAGCAGAAACGUCGUCGCUCGCCCACUGAUGUCAUCAGGUCUCCGACCAUGGCAGGUGGUCUGUUCGCUGUGAGCAAGAACUACUUCCAUUACCUGGGAACAUAUGACACAGGGAUGGAGGUGUGGGGAGGAGAGAACCUGGAGUUUUCCUUCAGGAUUUGGCAGUGUGGGGGAAGCCUGGAGGUCCACCCGUGCUCCCACGUGGGCCACGUUUUCCCCAAAAAGGCCCCGUACUCGCGGAGCAAAGCUCUGGCGAACAGCGUGAGAGCUGCCGAGGUCUGGCUGGACGAAUACAAAGAGGUCUACUACCAUCGAAACCCCCACGCACGACUGGAGGCCUUUGGAGACGUGACGGAGCGAAGGAUGCUCCGAGAGCGGCUGGGCUGUAAGAACUUCAGGUGGUAUCUGGAUAACAUCUAUCCCGAUAUUCACGUCCCAGAGGAUCGGCCAGGCAUGUUUGGAAUGCUUAAAAACCGAGGCAAGACCAACUACUGCUUCGACUACAAUCCAGUAGAUGAACACGUCGUGGUGGGUCAGAGGGUCAUCCUCUACUCGUGUCAUGGCAUGGGUCAGAACCAGUUCUUUGAAUUCUCCACAGAAGGUGAGAUCCAGUACAACACGAGGGAACCGGCCGGCUGCGUUGUGGGUGACAACAUCAGCACCUACCUCACGGUGCAGCUGUGCAGAAAACGAGGCCAGCCCGUACCUGCAGACCAGAAAUUUGUCCUCCGAGAGGACGGGAGUCUGUACCACGUGGCGAGCCAGAAGUGUGUUCAGGCCGUGGACGGGACGGACAACGGGACACCAGCCCCCUCGCUGCAGCCCUGCUCGAACAGCCUCCACCAGAAAUGGUUCUUUGAGGAGAGAAUGUAAAGGCAUCGACUCUGAAUAUGUUUGAAUAUAUCAUAUUUGUCAUUCAGGGGCCAAUAUCCGGUGGAGGGACUGAAUUACCAAUUUUUUGUGCCUUGCCCCGAAAGGAGCCCUGAGAAGGGAGCGUCUGUGCUCCCUUCCAAACUUCCAAACCUUUGCACAUUUCUCCUGCCAGCUGGAUUUAACUGAUCACUCGGAAAAUAUACUGAAAAGUACUUCCUUUCUGAAGUACUUUGUAAAUAUUUAUAUAUCUUGGGAUAUCUCUUCUUGGAUGCUGCUGCUGGGAGACAGGAGCCCCGCUGGAAUACAAAUGGGCUUUUUCUUCUAAUCGAGAUGUUUGAGAAUUAGUGAUAAGCUGUGCAACACAAGGACAUUUUGUUGUUUUUAUUGUUUUUCUAUGACCCACUCCAGCUGGUGAAAUCUUAAAGAAUGAGAUCAAUUUAGCGCUUUACACACACAUGGACAACCACAUCAAACAUGUGCGCAUGUACAUUGGAAGGAAAACAAUUGCUUAAUACCUCUGUCAUCACACCCGGAGCCGCUUAUUAGUUAGUGUUUGGCAUCUCACUGAUUUUUCAGACAAGCAGCGUGAGGCAUUUUUGCGUGUGUUUACAUCAUCUCCUGUAGAGGGGGCCGAUGCGCCUCGCUGCACUUUCCUUUCUUCCAUCAUGCUUUUCUGUUUGUCGAGAGAAAGUAGGACAAACUUCAGGUAUUUAAAAAAAAAAACCUUUUCAGGACAUUGCGAGUGCUUGCUACCCUCACAUACAGGUGGCUCGGAGAAAAGCCUUCGAUAUGACAGGCAUUAUGCAAGUACUUAGCGAAUCUUAAACUCAAUCACAUAACUACUGAUAAUAGGAUAAAGUCCCAUUCUUGUCCUUUUUCUGCUUUUGCUGGGGUGCUUUUGAAAAGCUCUUUUCACCGACUUUUGCAGUCAUUUUUGUAAACACAGUGCACUUUGCUUUUGCAUCUUCAAAAUACUAAAUCACAGCCAUAUUCUUAUGGAUUGAAUUCAUGUGGUGUCGACUCUGUUUUAAAUUAUGUAUUCUGUGAUUUCAUAGCACCACUGCAGAAAUAUCUCAUCUUAAGUGAUGGAUGAGUAGGAUUGUUUUCAUUUAAUGCUGGUGAGUGCAGAUGUUCUCGCUCUUUGUACUUGUCCACUUGGAACCCAUUGAAAGUGCCUGAUGUUAAAAAGCUUGUAAUUUGAUUUCAAGAUAUCAUCCCUUCACGCUGAUAGGAUCAUGAGAAAUGCUCUUGACGGUGUUUUAUUUUGUCACGCAAUGAGGCAAAGACAGAGCAGUAAUUAAAGUUGUGACCGCACACUUCUAGUUUAGGGCAAUUCCUCGAGUACAGGCGGUUUGUGCUGAUUCGUUCACACCGAUUCGCUUUCCAUUCAUCAGAAUUAGGCAACUAUAGAUCCCUGUCCGGAGCUGUGGUCACUUCUGUGACCGUCCCUCGGGCAAUGCGGAGGGAAUAAGGGAAACGCGGCACAGUGGUCGACAGUUGCCGGCGUCUCGGGAGUGCUGGGAUGGCAGAUGGCUUUCUGAUUGAUUUUCUGGUCCUCUCCCAAUUCUUUAUCACCACCUCUCCCUCUCCCUGACAGAGGUAUGCAGCGGAGGGACUUAUCUUUUGGACCCGCGCCAGCCAAAUCCUCCUCAGUGGAGCGCUCGCAUGCACCCGCGUGCUUUGAGGUUUGAUUUAUGAACGGAAGUCAUGAAGUGUACAGUUUUUGACAGCGGAGGCAGAUAAUGGAGGAGGCUGAUUGAAGCAAUCUGUGACCUCUUCUUCACCAUUGACCUUCAGAGGAUGUUGGCGCAUCGGUCUCAAAGGACCCCCGUUAAGAAUUGAUGUUACGGAAUGAUUGUACGAAAAUAGAUUUUUCACAAUUGAUUCUGAGCGUAUGCUCAGGAAAAGAUGAAUGGGAGAUGGGGAAAUAGACGAUUUUCCCAGUGCCACAACUGGGAUUUGAGUAGAAUCAGAAUCUCCCCCUGCGCUAAAUGUAAUGAAUGUGCAGUAAUAUGUUAUAGUGAAUGAUGAGUAACAUCAACACGUCUAAAGGCACAGUGCAAAAGAUGCCCUCCUUACUAUUCUGAACAUGCAUUUAUAGUUGUGUUGCUGUGUACAGAGCAGUGUAAAAGAGUUUCAUGAGAUAACUGUACCGAUUAGGAUGAAAUCAUAAGUUCCAAACAUUUCGGAGAGAGUAUAGAUUAAUUCCUGGGGUUAAAAAGUUCCCAGUAGUCCAUGGUGCAGGCUUUUGCAGGCACUAAAAUUGGUUUAUGAUUGUGGAGGUCAUGCCUUGUAAUAAAUGGAAUGGACCAAAUGACCAGUCGGAAGAUUAUGGUCAGCUUCACAAAGGGAUGGGGAGAGGCAUCUGUCUCGGGGACUGUUCGAUGGAUGGCAAAGGGGCUGCCUGCAAUUUCCUUAAUAGGGGUGCACCAUAUGCCCGGGAAAGUUCUUAAUAAGCGUUUGUUUGAAACGAUUGCCGAGCUGUGCGCAGCCCUGGCAAUCCUGCACGCUCCUGAUGGCUUAGCUCUCCACAAUUUAGGACUUGACGAAGAGGAAGUGACGGCGUUUUCAUUUUCUUCAGGUUGUGUCCUCAGCCCGUCGGUGCAGCAUAAAUAUUGUAUCCCAUUAUUAAAAAGGGGUUAUUGAUUGUUCCGUUUGGCCAUCUGUUUCUCCAGACAUGUCCUGCCCACCGGGGCAUUUUACUGUAUGCUAAUUUUGAUACUGUACACGCAGUUGCAAUAAGAUUGGUGUUUGCCAGUCGGAUCCCUCUGGCAGGUCAUAUAGGGCUUUUAUGUCAACCAAAACCUUUGUCGUAAAACAGUGGCGAUAUUCCAGGGAAUGGCUCGCAGCACUUGAACUUGUAAAGUGGCUGAUUGUACUGUCACCAAACCCAAAUGGACCAAGCACUGAUGUUUUUGCAGCAGCAUGCACAGACUUCUGUUUAUAAUGAUACCCGGUGGUGACAGUUUUUCAAUUAUUUAAAUUGUAAAAAUGCACAAAUAAUAAUGCCGGAAAUCAACACAAUGUCCGGUGUUUUUAUGCUAUGAAUCACUCCAGUGGCCUUAUAUUGUUAUUAGGGAAAGUGAAGGAUUUAACCAACAUUAUUAUUUUUAAUUUUUUUUGGGAUCCAAUAAAUGGACCAUAUCUAAUGUUAAUGUACUUGUUUAGUUGUUGUCAAUUAAGUAAAAAAAAAAAAUGAGCGAAAGAAAGUAAUAUUGGAUGUGUUGUUAUGGGCUUGUUCAUUGUGUUCUUGUUUUUUUAUGUUCAGUUUCGUUUCUUUUUAAAAUGUGUAUCACAAAUUGGAAAUGCAUUCGUAUAAAACACUUUACUAUGACUUA